AGACGUAAUUUAUUUGUCCACGUUGGCCCAAAUUGAGAGUUAGUGAACUUAGGGUUACUUGACAAACUCUGAUGCCUUCCAAUUCAUGAUACUGAUAAAGUAGGGUUUAAGGAAGUUAGGGUUUGGCGAUUGUGACAAUGAACUUCCGCCGUGUGAUGGCUUCCGGUGUUCAUCUCUGGAAGAGGGCCUGUACAACGGCCGCUGCUCUGCCGUCGGCUGGGAUCAAGACCUCAAAUACUGCUCCAACGGCGGCGGCUGGUGUCAAGGUUGAUGAUGCACUUAAGAGGGCGAAGGUGGCCUAUGCGAAGAAUCAGAAGAGGAUGAUGUUCGAGGAACUGCUUAAUAUGGACAAGAGUGGAGUAAAAGAGACAAUAGAUCAGUACAAGAGUGAAGAGCUGACGUAUGUUUCCGUCACCAAAUCAGAUCUCCAUCAAUGGGCUAAGCGUUUCGACAAGCAGGGCAAAUAUGAACACGCCCUCGCGAUAUUUGAAUGGAUGGAUGGAAAGAAAAUGUCUUUUACUGGCAACCAGUUUGCGGAUUAUGUGGCUCUUAUUGCCGAGACUAAAGGCAUGGAAGCCGCUCGACGCUACUUCAAGAAAGUAGACCCAAACUUCAACCGGAUGGACAGUAAUUGCAAGAAUUGGCCUGCUUUCCAGAAGCUCCUUAGAUUUCAACAUGAACGCCCCGGAAAGAAGGGUUUAAUGUAUCUCAAUUACGUAGGCAAAGUACGCCCUAUAAGUGGUCUAUGAUCGUGGCCUUGUAGUAAGUUUGGUUUGGUUGGUGUGUAAUAAUGAAUAAAGCACUCUUCUGGUUUCAGAUU